GUAAAAUGUAAAAUUGAUAAAAAAAAAUUAUAAAUAUCCUACAAAAUCUAUACAGCUAUAAACAUUCAUUUUACCAGUGGGCCCGAAAACUUGUCAUAUACUUCUGAUGACACUUCUACAAUCUAGCAUAAUUUGAAUGUUUGCUGUGGUGCAAUUCAUUACGGAAUCCACAAGCGACAAUGUCUCAGUCAGUGAAGUUCCUACAUCGUGGAUUUCUACUGACCAGAAACAGUGUUGGUGGCCUCCGAGUAAUACUACAAUUUAUAUUGCAAGGCAAAAGAAACCAAACCCAGAAACAUGGAAACUUUAUCCAAUCAAGGUGGAAUGUUAUUGUGAAACCUAUCAGGAAGCCAAAAAAAAAGCUCUGUCUAUAACUUCGAGUGAUGAAGAAACUGUUCGAACUCUGAAACCUAAUAGAAGGUAUAAUCCUUCACAAUAUGUUUUGAAUUAUAGUGAUGAAGCUAACAAUAACAACAAUGCCCAGUUUUUACCGAUUGCCCCAAUGUCACUUAACCCAAUAUCGAGACCAAUUUCCACCAUAGAGGAGAUAAGUGAAGAUACUCGGUCAUCUUCUACUGUCAACACAGAGCCCACUGUUCUUGACAUAUCAGAUUACAGGCUCAAUUAUGUUGAAUCCCCCGGGGGGAUUCCUGAAUCAGAAAUGUCUGAGAAAAGUAGGAAACAAAAUGUUGAAAACUGUCACAACUGUUGCCAUAAUUCGGAUGUAAUAAUCAAGCUCUUAACGGAGUUGACAUUAAAAGUCGAUGAACUGAAAGAAACAAUAGGAGCAAACAGCCAAGUUUCACUUAAUAGUGAGGCAGUUAACUUCAUAACGAGUAAAUUGCCUUGCAAAAAUAUAGAAGAGUUGGAGUACUUAGAAUCGUUAGUCUAUGCGGAAAAAAAACAUAACGAAUCAUUGAUAUAUAUCAUGACCUCCAUAGGAGGAACAACAGGAAGACACUUCACUCAGAGAGUGUUAAAGAAAUUAUUAACUAAUGAGGUUGCAGAGCUGUGUAGUUGGACAGGGGCCAGCACAAUUUUGAACUUCAGAAAUUAAAGAUUUUUGAAUGUGCAUAUAGUAUUUCAGUUGGAAGACGCGGAAUAUUGGCUGCGACAGAUGACAUUCGCGACGACGCAGAAAUUCUGUCUCGGCUGGUGUUUUCCUCGUUUUUGUCGGGGGUGGACUCUA